GCCGAAGCCCAAUAUGAUCUUUAUGCUAAGCUUAAAGGGUUGGUGUGGUGUUUCGGAAUAACGAAGCAUAAUACUGUAAUAUUAUCGAUGAAUUCAUGCUUAUUUUAUUCCAAAGAUCUUGGAUCAAAAUUAUUAAAUGAUUCAGGUGCAUUGACUUGGAAAAAUAAAUUAUCCAUUUUAAGAAGAAUUUCAGAAACGCUUUCCCAUAUUCAUGAAAUGGGCUUUACCGGACCAGAAGGAGAAAAUUCAACGGAUAAUAUUGUCGGAGCUAUUCCUUAUAUGGCACCAGAAGCCCUAAAACAUGGAAUAUAA